CGUACCUACGAAUAUGCAAAUCAUUGUGAAAAAACUGCCUUAUAAGCUGAGAGAUUAUUGGAGAAGUGUGGCCUGCGAUAUUCAUGAGAAGUCUCAUCGCAGAGCUAUGUUCUCAGAUAUUGUGAAGUUUGUUGAGAGGCAAGUCAAGAUGGCGAGUGACCCUCUUUUUGGAAAUAUACAAGAGAC